UUUUGUGUAGGUGGUCUGGCUAGUAGCUGUGUGUCUGUAGUGUUGUUGGUGUAAACCUCAGUUUUUGUAGAAAACUGGACAUUUACAUAGUUCGCCAUGUCCGAGGAGAUUGAAGGAACAAGGCCUGCCGUCGGGGAGGCAACCCACGAGGAACAGCAGGAGAUGGAUGACACAGUCCUCAGCCCGGAGAAAGCAGAGGAGGUGAAACUCAAGGCCAGGUUCCCUCAUCUUGGAGCCAAGCCUGGGGGCUCUGACCUGCUCCGGAAACGGAUUCAGAAAGGGCAAAAGUUCUUUGACUCUGGGGACUACAACAUGGCCAAGGCUAAGGUGAAGAACAAGCAGCAGCUCCCUGCAGUGACGCCGGCUGAGAAGGCAGAGAUAACCGGGGACCACAUCCCCACACUCCAGGACAUCCCCCAGAGGAAGCCCUCCAUCGUGGCCAGCAAACUGGCUGGCUGAGGGGCUGAUGGAAACAGGGAAGCUUUGGAAAUUUGACCUGUUCUGUUCUGGUGUUACCAUUCCAUCGCUCUCUCUCUCCUCUCUCUCUCAUGCCAGUCCCAAUUCAAUCCCUACUUCCUUUACCUCUUGGCCCUAACCCUUCAAUGUUUGAUAUAUCUUGCUGUGGCUUCCACCACAGUACCUACACCUUACAGAUUUGCAAACAUUGAAUGGUUAGGGCCAGAGGGAACGGGCAGAGAGGUAAUUCAGAUCAGUGCAUUCUCUCUCCCUCCAUCUCUCUUCUUUCCUAGACAGCUGUCUUCUGCCCCCCAAUUUCUUUUCCUCACCAUCACCACCAUCUCUAUAUGAAUUCUGAAAAAUAAUAUUUUUGAGAAUCAAGCAGAAAGACUCGUGAGAAAUAUUGCUGCCAGAGGAUGACUGUCUUCGGAUACUGACUGAAAAAAAUUGGUUUAAAGGGACACAUUUUUUGCAAAGUCUACUUCAAAGUGGCCUGUAUCUACUGUAGUGACU